UUAUAAUUUGAAUUUUCUCUCAGAGAUGGCAGCACCUAACUCGUCUGUUGUUGUGAACAUUAAACAGAGAAAUGAAAGUUACUGUAAUUAUAAACAAGGAAGCUCUUUUAAGCUAUUGAAGAACUUUGAGGAAGCCAAUUUCGUUAUCCUUUAAGCAUUAAUAGUUCGUUAAUUUUAUCGAAGCGUUGCGGUUAAUAGUAUCGAUUCUUAUUCAACAGAAUUUCUUCAACCAAUUUCCAUAUGUUGAAUGAUGAAUUGUGAGACAAGCCAAAAAUUAAAAUGCAAAUGGUUAAUUAAGGCAGAUGAUUGAAGAGACGUUGCUGUAAUUGACCAUCAAAGAGGACUUAACCGGGAUUGCGAGAUCGUAUUGCAUAUACGUCUGACCUUCAGAGCGUUCUAAAGCAUCAUUCAUAUAUGCUAAUAAGCCGAAUGUAUAAAUGUAUUGAGUGUUGGUAUUUGGAGGGUAUAAGAAUGUCGCCUCGAGCUUAUAUUACUUCCUGAUGUUUUUUGGGUUCAGUAUCUAAACCAGAAUUAUCAUAAUUAGUUAAAGUAAAUUAUAUGGUAUGCUUGAUGACAAAUUUACCUUAUGAGUUGCGUCGAUCUUUUCACACUUAAUUAGACAGAAGGUGAUGAAGCAUCAAAUUGAUCAUGGUGUACACGGUAGUAUGGGAGGAGCGAUGGGCGGGGCAUAAAUGAAUGACAGCUGUGGACGGUUUUGUUACAAUCAGUCGGCUCGCAACUAUCGGUCUGCAUAUAUUCGCAAUGGACGCUCUACAUGCGCCUCUAUGUAGUUUAGAUGAUUUAAGUUCCCCUCUCGCCUCUUCUAUUACAACUUUAACUAGUUCGCGAAUCGACGAUCACAGUGGAGGAUAUUUACCUUCAGCCUCUUCCCUAUCCUCUCCUGUUACCAACAGAAAUGUUAAAAUCGAACUACCUCAGCCGGAUCGCACUUAUCCGGUACGAUCCCCGUCUAGUACAAAGAGCGCUAACUCUACAAACGCUGAUACAGCAGAUGAAUCUGGCAAAGAAGAAAGCACCACUCCGGGACAGAUUUGCAAAAAAUCCAGUACUAAUACAACAGCAACAAGAAGACAGAGACGUCAACGAACUCAUUUUACAUCACAGCAGUUGCAACAGUUAGAAGCAGCGUUCAGUCGAAAUAGGUAUCCCGAUGUGGCUACUAGAGAAGAGAUAGCGGCUUGGACUACUUUAACAGAAGCUCGCGUCAGAGUAUGGUUCAAAAAUCGUCGAGCUAAAUGGCGGAAAAAAGAGAGAGGCUUAGAUGCUUUCAAAGGUCUUGCUACUGGCCAGUACGGAACUUUUAUGCAGCCGUUUGACGACCCCCUCUACUCACCUGGAUAUUCUCCUACAGCAGCAUAUAACAACUGGGCUGCGGCUGCGACUUGUAAAAUGACAUCAAUGGCAUCUAAGCCUUCGUCCUUUGCCUGGCCUCCUUCUGUUGUUUCCUCUCAGUCAGCUCCCCCGUCCGCGCCGACUGCUCCUUGUCCUUAUGCCGCUCCCCCGCCACCAUAUCUACCGGCCUAUGCAGCAGGAAGGGAUCAGUGUACUGCUGAUAGUCUGACGACAUUACGCUUAAAAGCUAAGGAACCUUUUCCUUACCCGCCCAGUGGCCCUCCAGGUCGUCAACUUCCAUCUAAUUGUCAGUACACUCCAGUUGGGAUGCCCGGGGCUCAGGGAUAAGCUAUGAUUAUAUAUAUAUAUAUAUGUAUAUUAUAUUAUAUAUACUAAUAUAUAUAUAUAUAUAUAUAUGUAUUUAUAUUUAUUAAUUUAUUUACGUAAUUAUGAGGUUAUAUAUAUAUAAAGUGCAUGUUUUCAAAUUGCUCACAGCAAGAGUCAAGCGCGAGACGUUCAAAUGAAAUUUUUCUUUUGCUUAAAAGUAUAUAUUGUAUUGUAUAAAGCAAGCACAUAAUGUCUCUAUCUCUAGCAAAACUAUAAGCAUUAUAUAUAUAUUAUAUAUAUGUCAACAUUGUUAUUAAAUGUAUAAAGAAGUUUAUUUAUUGAAUAAUAUAGUCUGUAAAUAUAUACAUACUUAAAUAUCGCGCCAAUGGUGCUAAAAGCAACUGAAAUCAACGCGUUGAAGCGGAACGAACUCAUUAAACGGUCGAGCGGUGAUAAUGAAAGCGCCGAAGUUUGCGACGUCGUGAUGAUGCUAAUCGUUCACAAAGCUAAGUGAAUGUAUGGUGCGUGCAUUCACAUUAUUCUAAUACAUAUAAAGGAGAGUUUAAGGCUUACUGAGGGAAAAUGAGAUUUUAGCUAAACAAAAAUGUCUCUGGCAUAUCAUUCAUGUUACUGUAAAUUUUAUUACGAUUUUUCACUCGAUGCAUCUCAUUUGUACAACGACGUCCUCUAACUGUCUUCUUCCAUUUACUAAUCCAUCAAUGUUCCCAUGACGUCAAUCAAUCUGAAAUCUGGCUGCGCUAAAUCCCGUACAGCACCUGUCUGCGUAUAUAAGUCUGUUUGGCGGCUUCUUUUAACUUACAGAGAAACUGUUUAAAUCUGUUUUACAUCAAUGAUUUAAUCACUUAAAGACGUUUCCGAUUAUAAUUAAAAGCUUCUAUAGUUCAAAAUUUUCGCCACACGUUUCCAAUCAAACAGUAGUUAGUGAUAUUAGACAUAUGCACAGCCGGAAAUAAGGCGUGAACGCCUCGCCAAAUGUUUCUUUCGAAACAUAACGCCUUUGAUUACCUUUAC